AUGCAGCUAUCGCUUUCGAAUAUACUACAUUUCUUUACUGCAUAUCUCUCGCCCGUGGUCGCCGCUACGAAUGACUUGCCAAUCACCCACAUUACUGCGAGAAAACCCACCUUUGGCUCAGGCUCCUUCCAAAACCCAGGAGCGCGAGUGAGACCAAAGUUCAGAUACUGGAUCCCUGAUGCUUCGGUCGAAGCUGAUGUGAUAUCUCAAGAUGUGAAACAAGCCAAAGAGGCUGGCAUGGGUGGUCUCGAACUGCUGGGAUACCACUUAUAUGGAGGACCACCAUCAAAUGGGGCUGGAAGGGGAAAGUUCGCCCCGGUGGAUUGGGCCGAAUAUGGCUUUGGAGGGGAGAGGUGGUAUGAGACAUUUCGAUCAUUCGCCGAAGCAAUCAAAAACAACAGCCUGGUCAUGGACUUUGCUAUUGGGCCGAAUCAGGGGACUGGCGUGCCGGCACCCGACGAUGACGAGGGUCUCAUGUGGGAUAUCUAUAUCGACAAUCAAUCUGUCCCGCUGGGUGGCUCGUUCAAUGGCACCCUGCCUGGCUGGGGGCGCGGGACUCUCUUGGCUGCCGUGACAGGUUUGGAGAUCAACACUACCAACAUUACGGCCGCAAACAAAUUACAACCAGACCCUGAAGGCCUUCCCGGAGACUACUAUCUUAGCCGUACUCAGAUCACAUUGUCGAACUCCAGUCUCAUUGAUGUGACAAACAAAGUCGACGAUCAGGGACAGAUAAGCCUCGAGUUCCCUACCAGUGAGACUACAGCAAGUGGUUACAACAUCUUUGCCAUCUACGUUGCUUUGUCCGGCUAUCGUGCCCAACAGGGACCCGAGGGACUGGGCGGCCCCCAAACCACACCCGAGUCUUGGCUCCAGAAUGGGUCCUGGGCUCAAUACAUUCUUCAAAAUGGAACACGAGAGCUACUCAGAGAAAUCGGUAGCUAUGCUUGGGAAGACAGUAUUGAAAUUGUCUCCAACGUGUACUGGACCCGCAAUCUUUCAGCAAGUUUCCUAGCAGACCAUGGAUAUGACAUUUCCAAAUGGCUGCCAAUAUUAUUCCAUCGCAAUGGUAAGAGCUCUAAUAACCCUGCCGUGUGGUGGGUGACGGACGAGCCAGAUGGGGGAAAUAGCCACAUAGCCGAUUAUCGCUCGACUCUUGCAGGCCUCUAUCGCGAAUAUCUCACGGCUUUGAAUGAUUGGGCGCGUGAUUACCUGGGCCUUGGUUUUUCAGCGCAAAUCUCUUAUAACCUGCCCAUGGACAUGCUGGCCAGCGUGCCGUGGGUGAGCGUACCCGAGACAGAGUCGCUAGAUUUCAGUGAUCUUAUUGAUGGCUAUCGACAAUAUUCGGGUCCAGUGUAUUUGGCAGGACACGGCAUUGUUUCUUCAGAAUGUGGAGCUGUCAGAGGCGAAGGGUUUAGCCAGACCUUGCCCGAGCUAUUGUGGCAUGUCAAACGAUCCUACGCAGGAGGCGUCAACCAGUUUGUUUUCCAUGGCUUUCCAUACUCUGGGUACUACGGGAACACGACCUGGCCGGGCUUCACAACGUUUAAUUAUCAAUACUCCGACAUGCACGGACCGUACCAGCCAGGUUGGCAGUAUUACAGGGAAUACAUGGACUUUGUGGGACGAAACAAUUUCGUGCUUCAAUCUGGAAGGCCCAAGAUUGACAUUGCCUUUUGGCAGAAGAAGACAACGUAUCCUGGACAUGUUGAACUGAGGACUUACCCGACAACCGACUUGGAGUCAGUCGGGUACACCUAUCAGUAUCUAAGCCCGGAUGACUUGUUUCUUGCUACUGUGGAGGAUUCCGUGCUGGCGCCCAAUGCUCAAGGAUUCAAAGCUCUUGUCCUCCAGGCCAAUGAUUCCUUGACCGUUGACGGCACGACCAAAUUGCUGGAAUUUGGCCAGGCUGGGCUACCCAUCAUCUUUGCUGGCGGUGUACCCUCAAGCUACGUGGGUACAUUCGGGCCUGACGAGAUCCAGCAGGCUAAUGAGAAUCUCCAAGAAUUGGCAAAUCUUCCCAAUUCUCACAUCACUAGCUCUCUCGAGGUCGGGUCAGCUUUGGCAGACAUUGGCAUUGAGCCCCUGACUAGGAUUUCGUCCAAUGGAACCUGGUACACACAAUGGCACUGGGAUCCGGACAAUAGGGUGGACUACAUAUUUGUGUACAGUGAUGCUAUGCAUACGCCGCAAGGCGAAGGCGAGACGGUGGGGACGAUCGAGUUCGAGUCAACCGGUAUCCCGUACGAGUACGAUGCGUGGACAGGCGAUCAGCGGCCAAUCAUGCAAUACAAGCGAUUGGCCAAUACCACCCUAAUUCCAUUCCAGCUGGCUGGGAAUCAGUCAAAAAUCAUUGCUUUUCAUCCAAGGACCACUCAGGAUACUUCGAGGUAUCAAGCAUCGUGGGAGUUUGGAGAUCAAGAAUACCCCUAUAUAAACUCGUCUACAUUUCCAGAGCUCGGCAGAUAUCCUCCUACAAUCAACACCACCUUGUCGCCGAGUCGGUGUGACAGCUUUGAACUACAAAACUGGACUCUAAUCGUCGAACAUUGGGAGGCUCCCAUAGACCUAUACAAUUAUACUGGCGGUGCAUACCGAUACAACACAUCACACGAGCUCGAAAGCCUGCAGUCAUGGCAAGAGAUCCCCGGUUUGCAAAACGUGUCAGGUAUUGGUUAUUACAGUGCCAGCUUUCAUUGGCCACCAUCGCAAUGUAUCAACCAUAGCGACAUCAGUGGAGCCAUGAUUGAUUUUGGCCAUGUUUAUCACACUUUGCAAGCUUCGGUCAAUGGACGGCGGCUACCAGCCAUGGAUGUCACGGCGCCCACUGCCGAUUUGAGAUUUUCACUCGAGGACGGGAGCAAUGUAGUCGAGGCGGUAGUUUCAACACCACUCGGGAACACGUUGGGGACAAUCUGGAGCAAACUCCAAAGUUCAGGGGAGGGUCCAGCAAGCCCAGACGCCGGAACUGUAAACAAACCUCGAGUAGGUCAGUACGGACUUAAGCAGCAAGUAAAGAUCGUGCCUUAUCAUAGCAAUGCCCUCUGGCUUUGA